AUGGCCAGCCAUGAUUCACAAGAUUCACAAGGCUACCACAUCACAGAUUGCCUACAGGCGGCUUUGACAUCGCUCGAAGAGGAGGUAACGAGAGUGAAUUCGAGCUCCGUGCAGUUAGAAAGCGAGAUACAAAGACUACAGAGCGAGCGACACAAGCAAAACAUACUCAUAUCAUUGCAAUCCCAAUACAUUGCCCUUCUGGAGGAGAGACUCAAUUUCGAAGAAUCCACGGGGCCUCUCAUUGAGGUCAGCAGUAUCAGAAACGGGACCAAUGAUGAUGACAAGAUUCGCACUUAG